UUAUCACAAACAUGUCAAUUGAAUUUAUGUAACAAAAUUCUAUUUGAUUGGAAAUUUUAAUUUAUUUCGAUGCGCUUAAAGUAAAUUCAAGUCAUGCCUAUUCAGGCAAGAACGUUGAUGGGGUACAAAAUAAUUUGACCCAAAUGUAAUUGAAUCGCUAGCAACUGUUUCGUUAAUGGUUUCAGCUUAUACGUUCCUGUAAAUUUUAAAUACUUCACGAUGUGCUGUAUAUUCACUUGUUGUGGAUGGAUGGUCGAUUUAUUACAAAGGUUAUGGACGUUUACAAUGUCCUGUUUCAUUAGUUCGGCUGUUUGCUGUUCUCUUGUCACCGCCUCCAUGUCUGGAAUUGCUCUCGGCUACAACUACUCUUUAGCCGAAUACAUCGACUUGAAAGAGACUAAUGUGUCUGUGUUCCUGAAGCGUGGUGUUUUUGACGACGAGAUCUCCGACGAAAUGGAUUGGAGACGAAGUGGACAUAUGCCUAUCGGUGGACACGUUAGGGAUCACAAUCUUAUAACGGGCGCUUCCGAUGAGUCCACAACUUUGAGAUCAGGAAGACGUCUGGACGACUCAAUUUACGAGUCUAACGAUCGAAAUAAUUUUGAAGGUUCCCUAAUGAGAUUAACUGCUAAGCCUAUAGAAACAAGUUCAACUCUUUCUACAACUGAUAGGCCAUUAGACGAUGUUUUAAACCAGUAUACAAUGGGAUCGCUAGAUCAGCUGAAAGCCGUUCAAGGUGAGAUAAAUCGAAAAAAGGGGGAAGCUGCUAAAUCACUUCGGAAAUUCAACAGAAAACAGGAAGAUCAGAUUGUAGUUCCUGAGAGGAGGCCAAUAUUUCCCUAUAAUGAUGGCUCCGGAAGACGUGCCAUGUCGUAUACUAUACCUACCUACCAGCCUCGUUCGACUUACAGUUCUCUAAGGGCAGCCGUUCCCGAUGAUCGAAUCAAUAAUCCCUCAAAGUGGAUUCUGCCUAAACUACCACCGGAGUCACUCCCAUGGGAUAUGCAGUAUGCUGACGACUACAUGAGUCAGACAUACCCAUCACCAAUAACUCCAAGAGCUGGCCCAGCUAGACCAACUAGGCCACCAGGGUUGGCAAGAACCAGAAUACGACCCACACAUACAACAACAACAUUAUCCCCAAUCAAACAGCCAAUGAGUCCUAAAAUGGAUUUACCAAAAUCCAUGGAUGAGGAUAUUGAAGCUUUUAAGAAAAAACUUAUGGAAGAUAAAUUUAUUCCACCAUCGCUUAAAGACGAAGACUUUUUGAAAAAAAUGGACAUUGGAAAAAUUAAUCCUAACGAAGAUUACGAGGAAGAUAUAAAAGGAGUCCCUAUGCGGAGGAAGAGAAAUGUUAAUAACUUAAUAACACCGAAAAAUAAUUUCGUUAAUGAAAACGAAACAAAGACGGAAGCCAGUAAAGAUUCUGUAAUUAGCACACAAUUAGGCGGUAACGUUGGAAAGAUUGACUUAGCGAGAAGUAUUGACGUUCUGAACAAGAAGUUUUUUAUAGGAUACGGGGGAAAUACAGAGACGUCGUCAUCAGGAACUGAUAAGACCACAUUAGAUAUUUUUACGAAGUUGUUCUCUUCAACGCUAUCAUGAUAUAUUUUUUAUUAAUUUUGCAAAAAAAAAAAUAUGUUUCGUGAAGUCCUGUGAAGUCAAUGUAAUUUUUUAAAUACGUUGAAAAAUAUAUUACUUUUAAAUGUUUAUAACUUCGUUUUGAUGUCGAAUAUAUAUUUUAUAUAGCUUUGUCCUUUCAUUGAUUGAUUAAAGCCAU